AUGCCAUUAAUUGAUCUUUUCCUUCUUCUCUUCCCCCUUCCAUCCUCUUCUCUUCCCCCUCCCAUCCUCUUCUCUUCCCCUCCCAUCCUCUUCUCUUCCCCUCCCAUCCUCUUCUCUUCCCCUCCCAUCCUCUUCUCUUCCCUCCCAUCCUCUUCUCUUCCCCUCCCCAUCCUCUUCUCUUCCCCUCCCAUCCUCUUCUCUUCCCCUCCCAUCCUCUUCUCUUCCCCUCCCAUCCUCUUCUCUUCCCCUCCCAUCCUCUUCUCUUCCCCUCCCAUCCUCUUCUCUUCCCCUCCCAUCCUCUUCUCUUCCCCUCCCAUCCUCUUCUCUUCCCCUCCCAUCCUCUUCUCUUCCCCCUCCCAUCCUCUUCUCUUCCCCCUCCCAUCCUCUUCUCUUCCCCUCCCAUCCUCUUCUCUUCCCCCUCCCAUCCUCUUCUCUUCCCCCUCCCAUCCUCUUCUCUUCCCCUCCCAUCCUCUUCUCUUCCCCCUCCCAUCCUCUUCUCUUCCCGCUCCCAUCCUCUUCUCUUCCCGCUCCCAUCCUCUUCUCUUCCCGCUCCCAUCCUCUUCUCUUCCCCUCCCAUCCUCUUCUCUUCCCCCUCCAUCCUCUUCUCUUCCCCUCCCAUCCUCUUCUCUUCCCCCUCCCAUCCUCUUCUCUUCCCCCUCCCAUCCUCUUCUCUUCCCGCUCCCAUCCUCUUCUCUUCCCGCUCCCAUCCUCUUCUCUUCCCGCUCCCAUCCUCUUCUCUUCCCGCUCCCAUCCUCUUCUCUUCCCGCUCCCAUCCUCUUCUCUUCCCCCUCCCAUCCUCUUCUCUUCCCCUCCCAUCCUCUUCUCUUCCCCCUCCCAUCCCUCUUCUCUUCCCCCUCCCCAUCCUCUUCUCUUCCCCUCCCAUCCUCUUCUCUUCCCCCUCCCAUCCUCUUCUCUUCCCCCUCCCAUCCUCUUCUCUUCCCCCUCCCCAUCCUCUUCUCUUCCCCUCCCAUCCUCUUCUCUUCCCCUCCCAUCCUCUUCUCUUCCCGCUCCCAUCCUCUUCUCUUCCCGCUCCCAUCCUCUUCUCUUCCCCCUCCCAUCCUCUUCUCUUCCCCCUCUUCCCUCCCUCUGAUGACAAGUUGUACCAAGAAAACCCAUCCAAAAGCCUGUGCCUGUUCUUCAGCAAUAGAGAAAAAGCAAGGUGUUCUGGACAAGAUUCUUCUGGAAAUCCAUAGUGGUAACUUUAGGAAGUUCCUAGAGAAAACUGAACAUCUAAUCAGCACUCCUGCCCGUGAAACAAAAGGGAAGCAUGAACUGGAAUUUAGCCGUAUCAGUUUAGCUGGUAGCCAAUUGAAGUUACCUAUCAUGGUGUAUGAUGAUUUGGAUGAUACUUUGACUGAGAUUCAAGCUCUAAAAGACAAGCUGCAAAUUCCAGAUAAUUUAAACUUUGAAGAUGGUUCCACCACCUUGCCUCAUUCUAAAAAGCCUCAAAUGCAGAAACCUGUACGCAAGACACAUGCUCGCAGUCGAAGUGACCUGACGUCUUCAAUCCUCCGUGGGGAAGAUCAAUGGGAUAAAUACAACCAGAUGUGUCAGAUAGAGCAAGGGGAGGUCUUACGGCGUGCCCCUUUGGCUCGGCCAGAGAGUUCCUGCACGAUAGCCAGCCUUCAGCUUGAAAACCAGGGUCACAUUCUGACUCAGGAAGAAGUCCAUUCAAUCGAGAAAGCUCCUCCUUUGGAAGGACUAACUCAAGAUAAGCCAAAAAAAUCGGAGAGGCGCUCGUCAUUUGGAAACUUCAUUAGUCGUUUGUCUAAAGCAGUCCUCAAGCCUCGAAAUAGUGUAACAAACCGCCAGAGCCAAGGGCUCAACAGACUGUCCCUGGAGAAGGAAAAAUCUAACAAGCAAGCUUCGGAUGAUAAGGAGAAUGCGCCACUAAAAAAUGUAGGGGGCAACACAGCUGGUAAACGAUUUGCUUCCAGGGACUAUCUUCGGUUUAAAAGCAGGAAGCAUCCAACAGUCCAAGAAUAA